UGUGAAUUAUUCUGAGUACUAUUUUAGAUUUGUAAGUUUAUAACGAUAUAUAUAUAUAUAUAUAUUUUUUUUUUUUUGGCAAAAACAUUUAUUUAUUUUUGUUAAUUUUUUAAUUUUUCACACCCAACUUUAAACUGGUCAGAUUGUGGGGAAGGGAAGUAGUCUUAUUCUGAGAUUUAUGCAUCUUUGAGCAGACAUUUGUGGGAUAAACUGAGUUUUGUUUGCUCUAUCUGUUGGAAACUGACACUUUCUCUUUUGGGUUUUUGUUGUUUUCUUCACAAGGCUGAUCAACUUUGGAGCUUUUUACAAGGGUUUGCCAUCUUUGUUUGAUCUUCUCUCUCUGUGAUCUACCUCUUUUCUCAACUGGGUCAUCUUUUUUUGAACCAAAUUUUGUUGGGUGUGGAACGAAGGUUUGAAAUUUGAGAGCUUUUGGUGGGUUAUUUUUUUAUGUGGGUUGUGUAGAGAGCUUGAGGCAGUUUGACUGGUUUUUUGUGGUGGUGGGAAGGUUGGUGGUUUUGGGGCUUUUAAUGGUAAUUGGGUUUCAUUGUUUAGGCCUAUAGGGUUUGUGAGAGAUGGGUUUGGAAGCUGAGAAUGGGAAAGUGAAAGUGGAGUCUUGGGAUAUAAGCAAAUCCAAGGGGAGGAGGAAGAAGAAGAUGGUAGUGGAUGAUGAUGAUGAUGAUGUGGAGGAAGAGGAGACUGGGUGCUGGCUAAGGCUGAGGUUUUUUGGGAGCUGCAUUUCUUCAAGAUCCAAAGUUGAUAGCUCAAUUAGUGGCACCAGUACUCACUGUGAAAUCAAAUCUACAAAUGAUACAAGCAGAGACCAACCGACGGCUACUGCAGUGUCUAACUCAACCACUAGUAACACAGAAAGUAAUGCAUCCACUUCAAAAUUUGAAGAGGAACUUAAAGUUGCUUCAAGGUUGCGAAAAUUUGCUUUUAACGAUCUUAAAUUGGCAACAAGAAAUUUCAGACCUGAAAGUCUUCUUGGUGAAGGUGGUUUUGGUUGUGUGUUCAAGGGGUGGAUAGAAGAAAAUGGAACUGCUCCAGUCAAACCUGGCACAGGACUUACUGUUGCGGUUAAAACUCUUAAUCAUGAUGGGCUUCAGGGUCAUAAAGAAUGGCUGGCUGAAGUAAAUUUCCUUGGUGACCUUGUCCAUCCAAACUUGGUAAAACUUAUUGGAUACUGCAUUGAAGAUGAUCAAAGGCUGCUAGUGUAUGAGUUCAUGCCUCGAGGGAGCUUGGAGAACCACCUAUUUAGGAGGUCCUUGCCUCUUCCAUGGUCUAUUAGAAUGAAAAUUGCAUUGGGUGCGGCAAAAGGUCUUACUUUUCUUCAUGAGGAGGCAGAAAGACCUGUGAUUUAUCGUGACUUUAAAACCUCCAACAUCUUAUUGGAUGCAGAUUACAAUGCCAAACUUUCUGAUUUUGGACUUGCCAAAGAUGGCCCGGAGGGUGAUAAAACUCAUGUCUCCACACGUGUGAUGGGAACUUAUGGUUAUGCAGCUCCAGAAUAUGUAAUGACUGGACAUCUUACAUCGAGGAGUGAUGUCUAUAGUUUUGGCGUAGUUUUACUUGAGAUGCUGACAGGCAGAAGAUCUAUGGACAAAAAUCGACCUAAUGGUGAACAUAACCUUGUGGAAUGGGCUCGACCACAUCUAGGAGAUAGAAGAAGAUUCUACCGAUUAAUAGACCCUCGGCUGGAAGGUCACUUUUCAAUAAAAGGUGUACAGAAAGCUGCACAACUAGCUGCCCAUUGCCUUAGUCGAGAUCCAAAAGCAAGGCCCCUAAUGAGCGAUGUUGUUGAAGCAUUAAAGCCAUUGCCAAACCUUAAGGAUAUGGCAAGCUCAUCAUAUUAUUUCCAGACCAUGCAAGGUGACCGAGUUGGAUCCAGUCCGAAUACCAGAAGUGGUGUCAGAACACAAGGAGGAUUGCUUACAAGGAAUGGGCACAGGAGCCUAUCAAUACCAAAUGGCUCCCAUGCUUCUCCAUAUCACCAUCAAUUUCCCCAUCCAUCUCCGAAACCUAAUGGAAAAACUUAAGGUAGGGUUGGCAGCUGUCUGUAUCAUUUCCCACCGCUAGUCAGCAUUCAUUUUCCCAUUUAUUUUUUCUCUCUUCUUCCUCAGUAUAGAUGUGUCAUCUGUUAAAUCAUUUGUUCCUGGACAACUGAAAAGGCAACAGAGAGACAUGUUUGCUUGAUGUUAUGUUUAGAGGGGUGACCUCCGGGUAGGGAAAAUGUAAAGGCAGGUGCGGCUUAUCGAGCAAAAUGUCUUAUGUCAUAUUGGUUACCAAGAUUGUUACCUACCUUUACAUUGUAUCCUUUGUCAUCUUAUUCCUUCGAUUAAUACAAGUCCCUGUUUCAUAGUCAA